AUGAUUACGCAGCCAUGGUUUCAGAGCUGGAAAACUGAAAAUGGCGUUGAUGCCAAACUGUUGCAUCGCGGAGUCUCUGUAUAUGCGCCCACGGAAUACCAACAUCAUCAUCAUCCUCUUCAUUAUCAUCAUAAUCAUUAUCAUAAUCAAAAUCGUCAUAAUUAUCAUCACUGUUAUCAUUUCCGUUUUCCUUCUGUUAUUACCCUAAUUGGGACACCUAAAUACGGCAAAGAAUCUCCAAGUCAGGCAGCAAUGUUGUCCCAAGAUUUGGGUGCUUAUCAACAACAGUUGGGUUUCAACUCUCCUGUAACGCAAUCUGAAUACGACAGAUAUGUGGGACACAAGGAACUUAAAAAGAAACAGAAAAAAAAGAUAUCCAAUCGUCAUUUGUUACCACCGAGAUCACCGUCUACUGAAGAACACAGAGUCGGUGUCACUAGCCAUAGUGUCAGUUCCCUUUCGCCAAAUCGAGAAACCAGAACUUGCGUGCUUAGGAAAAUUGCCGAGCGCACACUCUUUAAUGAUUAUUGGAACACCUUCUUUAAUCAAUGGAGAAACGUGAUCCACAACAAUUCUUUUCCAGUUACAGAUAGCAUUGCACUCGGAUACCCUCUGAUCACUACUAAUCCUACCAAUUUCAGUACCAUAAAGCAGAAAAUAGAUGAUAAUAGCUAUAGAAAUUGA